CAUGACUUCCGUUCGUGGCUGAGUUUGCACUUGACACGGGGAUAAUAAAUACACAAGGCGUAGCCAAAUUAAAAACCCUUCUUCCUGCUCUGUGCGCGACAUAUUCCACCAACCGUCACCAUGGUUCGCGAAGUAAAAAACUUGGAGGAAUUCAAGACCAUACUGGCGGAUGCUGGAGACAAGUUGGUGGUUGUGGACUUCACAGCCACGUGGUGUGGACCCUGCAAAAUGAUUGGACCAAUCUUUGAAGCGGAAUCCCAAAAACCGGAAAACAAGAAUGUGAUAUUUCUUAAAGUCGACGUGGAUGACGCUGACGAUGUGAGCUCUUAUUGUGCCAUCAAAUGCAUGCCCACAUUCCAGUUUUACAAAAAUGGGAGCAAGGUGUUGGAAUUCUCUGGGGCCAACAGCAACACACUGAUUGCAAAUCUGGAGUCUUUGAGAUCUUAAAAGAAAAAAAGACAUAAAAUGUUUUGUGUCGUCUGUACUCACCUGUAACUUCAUCUACAUGUGUACAAUGACCAGGUAGUCUACUCCAUAAUGACACACUUUAUUCCACCCAACAUCAUUCAGUGCAUGAACCUUUUCCUGUAUUCUUUUCGAGCAAGGUGGAUUAAAUAAAGGAUAACUCUAAAGCC